CUCUAACUUCUUCAUCCAAUUAAUGAGAAAUAUUUGGAAAUUUCAGUAAUGAAAAAAAUUGUAUCAUUACUAUCCGCUUGUAAUUGCAAGAGAAAAUCGUAUCAUUAAAAUCGUAACUUAGCAAACCACAUUUCGAUUUCCCUGCAUUUGCAUGCUAUUCUGGCCAUUAUGUGUGCAACUUAAGUUUUCUUUCUUCCCCAAAAUCUCCACACCACGUUACCUUUUUUUUUUUUGUUGCAAUGUCCAGCAAAGAUGAAUCUCCUUGAUUUAGUUUAUCAAUUAGGGUUUUGCAAUCCGUAUUGAAGUUUAAAAGGGGAUUUAGUCGACCGAUGUCAGUUCACACCACUUUUUGCUUCAUUGAAUUUAGCCAGUUCCACCAUUCCAAGCUUGCUCCUUAACAUCUGAACUGUUUCCAGCUUCAAUGUUUUGAUCAUCACAUCUGCAAUCUACUCAUGUGUACUAGAGUGUUCUAACUCCAGCACUCCUUCAUAUGCAAGCUCUACAAGAAAGUGAAAAUAAACAUUGAUAUGCUUACUCAUGCCAUGAAGCAUGUUACGAUACGAACCAUUCAUAAUAUAUAAUUUAGUGCUUUCUGGACUCAUCUAUUUUUAGUAGGUUUAUUAAUUAGUUCAAUUUCGUAUUAUUUGGGAUAUUAUGAUUGUUUAAUUGUCUUAGUAGGGUUUGGAUUGUUUUGUAGUAAUUGUUUAUGAUUUGGUUAUUGUUUCUUUAUGAGAGAAGUAGUCAUGUUUUAGAUAAGAGAAAUUAGAUGUUCUAUGCCUAUAAGUAUGUACUCACUCUUUCGUUAAAUGAUAUGAUAAGAUUGGAAUUUGGAACCCAAGUAGCUUUAUAGUUUUAGUCAUCCCAUCCUUUAUUUCUCUUCCUUCUAUUUCCAGGUUAACAAUUGGUAUCAGUAGAGCCUGGUUCCGCACAACAACGGAAUCCAGGUUACCUAGCACCUCGUCGCCAUGGUCAACAAGCCUGCCAAAGCUUGAACAACGACGAGCACCGAGGAGAUUGAGCCAGGAGCCCUGCUUCAUGCCCAAGCCACGGAGGAACGCCUCAAAUCCCUAGAUGCAGGAUCAAUGAUCUGACUAAUGUCGUAAACAAUUAUUAAUCCCAGACUUUGGAGCAAAUCGCAGCGCUAGCGAAACUUCUCAAGACCCAUGUUGCUGUUGGAAGAAGGCAUGAAUCCGAAUUGCUGAAGGAAUCCGUGCUGCACAAGGAGAAGGUGUUUGUGGCACGAAGGAGGCUGAAGUUCAAUUUAAGUUAAAGUUGUGUCAUUUUGGUGUUUUACAGUUUAGUCACUAGAGUCUGUGUUUAUGUCUGUUAGAGUCUGUUCCUGGUUUAGAGUUGCAGUUGAGUCUGGACUUUCAGUUAGCUAGUUUACAGGAACGUGGAGUCAAUCUCAGUUAGUGGGAAGCCUAGAUUGAAGGCUGAAUCAUUGUACUUAUAGUUCACAAUGUUCAGCUCAAUAAAAUUUGUCAGUUUACAAUACAUUUGAGCUCACAUUGUGGUAUUAGAGCCGAAAGUGAAGUGUAACCAGAUUUGCAAAAUGUGUGAAGCUAGAAGAGUCAGUUGGUGUCAAGCACAGAGAGAUAGAGAGUGAGUGAGAUCAUUUGGUUUCUGGGUUGGGAAACACCUCAGGAAGCUCUGAAUCCGUCGGAAGUUGCGGAGAUGGAGGGACUAUAGGUUGCAUCGUUUGCUAAGCACGGAGCUCUAAAUCCGGCGAAGGUAGAGACCUUGAGGAAGUCGGUAGCUGAAGUUGCCCAAUUAGUCGGCUGGGAUGCUGGGAAUAGGUAUGAAUUUUCGAGGAUGGUUAUAAUUUGAAUUGAAUGGUGACUGGUCCGGGUUGAAUGGAAUGUGUAUGAAUGGUUUAAUUAUUCUAUUUGAACUGGGUGCUCUGGAAACUUACUGGACUUCAGGGGCGGAGCCAGGAUUGGGCGAUCGGGGGGGGGGGGGGGGGGGGGGGGGGGGUGGUGGAGUUAGCUAGUACAUUAUCGUCGAAAGUAAACAAAUGAUAAGAAAAUUAUUAAGAAAAUAAUAAUAUUAUUAUUAAUUAAUAGUAUAAUAAUAAUAAUAUAAGACUUUAUUUUAUAUUAAAAAUUCACUCAAAUUAGAAUUUAAAACAAAUUUUCUAAAUUCUAUGUUUAACAAAUUAUUAAAAGUAAAAUACUUAUAAAACAUACUAUAAAAAUUAUAAGAUUGCUCUUUGUCAAAUAAAAAGUUACAUAAUCAAUCAUCUAACCAAGAGAAUCAUUAAGAAUAUAAAUUUAAAAGUUGAAGAAAUUAAUUAAACUAUAUUUUAAUUUUAAAGAAAUUAAAAUUGACCUAUAUAUGAUAAUUAUUAACUUAUUAAAUUGCUCUUUGGUCAAAUUAAACUACUGUACAUUAAACUUCCAUGUUCUAAAAUGUAAAAAAGGGAGGUGCACUGGGCUCGAACCCGGCCACUGAAUGUAACAGACGUGAAUCCUUCCGCUGAGCCACCCAAAUAUUGAUGUCACAAUUUUGCACACAAAUUUACUUAUAUUAUUAGGUGUAUACGUAAUUUUCAAAUUUCUAUCGAACUUAACACGUGAUUUCAAAAUUCUCGGGGGGGCCGGGGCCACCCCGAAGAACAACAUAGCUCCGCCCCUGCUGGACUUUCAUUGGAAAUCAGUGCAUGAUAUCCAUCCCUCUACACUCUCUUGCUCCAGAAGUGAAUGGUGGUAGUUAAGGGGUCGGCGAGGAACCUCACCGAAGCGACGCGGCAGAGGAUGGAGGCCGGGAUUUUGGUGGCAGCGGGGAAGGGAAAUCGACAGGAAACUGGCCUCGUGGGAAAUGGUAGACUUUAGUGUUUUUGGUUGGGUGAGUAUAGAAUUAGGGUUUUUGGUUGAGUGAGUAUAAAAUUAGGUUUUUCGGUUGGGUUUUCAGUUUAAUUGGGUUUGGUCAUUAAUUUUUUAUUAAUUUUUUAAAUGAUGUGGUGUGCUGACUGGACAAAAGUAACAGUUUUUUGAAUGGAGAUGGACGGAAUUACCUUUUUGUUAUUAGUCAAAACAUAUGUUACUGAAACGUGCAAAAUUAAAGAUUUAUGACCGUUUUGUACAAAGUGAAUAGUUUUGUGACCAUUUAUGAUAAUUACCCCUAUAUUCAGAUACCCAAAUGACGAAUGGAACUAUCAACAUGCCCAUCUCUUUGAGAUCGUACUCAUGAGAAGCCGAAGACCCGGACGCAUCAACAAAAGUAAAAGAAGGGACAAAGACAAAAUUUUAUCAGCCGAAAAUUUCGAGUACAAGUAAGACGGAGAGUGGUCGACGAACGGUCAAAAGAGAUGCACGUGCAGUAGUAACAAUCUAAUACCAUAUUUAUCAAUCUUCAUCACAAUGCAAUAUACAAAGGCACAAACUCCAUUCUCUUACCUUUUCCGUUGAGAAAAUAUUGCUAGCAAAAAGAAGAAAAAAAAACGACAGUAACAAAUGGACCAGCUCAAGCUCCCCAAGCCAGCACUCCUCGCAGCAACAACAAUCACCUUGUUGUUCUCCUCCAUCAUUUCCCCCACGUACGCCACCGACGAAUCCCCAUCCCCCGGGGCCCCAGAAUGGCUGCAGGCCGCGUCGCACGACUCCUUCACGUUCACCUCCGUCGCCUUCUUCAUCACCCCGAAGUACGACCCCAAGGCGACGGAGGAGUCCGUGAAAAACAACCAGACCAUCAGGGACCUCUGCGCCAUGACCGACGACGCAAACGAGUGCCUCGAUUUCUUGGGGAACACGCCAAGGUCGGACCCUGCAUUCGUCAUCAAGGCUGACCUCAAGGUCCUCAAGACCCUCAUCAACGAAGGGUCCUACAUCGCCAUCAGGGAAGGGUCCAAGGACCCUUCCGCCAACUCGGACACAAAGAAGGGCCUCGACGCCUGCCUUGACGACUACGACACAGCCUCCAAGAGCCUCGACGAGGCCAUGGGGGCCAUCGGGGUGUGCGUCAGGGACGACGGGACCGCGGGCCCCAAGGAGUGCCCCAAGGAGACAGUCGCGAAGCUGACCACCGUGCUUAGUGCGGCCGUGGGGAAUUUUGGCGCGUGCGACAAGGCGUUGAAUAUCGCGAGUGGGAGGGGCAGGUUGUGGGUGAUGGAUGUCAAUGACGCCAUGGUCGAGGCAUCGAAAGCGAUACUCGCAGUUGCUAAUAAACUAGAUUCGUAAUUUAAUCUCAUUGAAAUCUCUCUAUACAUUAUUAACGAUCGACGUUUUUUUGAACGUUUUUGUUACUUCCUGGUAUAUAUACAUGUAAUAGGCAGUUGAGGAGGAUGGAUUUUUUCCUUCGAAAAUGUUAUGGGGAUGAUUGCAAAUUAUUUUUAUUGAUCUCGAUGUCCGUAGCUGUGGCAUUAAAAAAAGGUUAAUACCUUAUUUUGGCCUCAACUAUAACGGGUAAUUAGCAUAAAAGGUCACAAAUCUAUUCGCUUUGUACAAAAUGGUCACAAACCUUUUAUUUUGCACGUUUUAGUAACAUACGUUUUAGGUCACAUUUCACAAAAUGGUCUCAAACGUAUGUUACUAAAACAUGCAAAAUAAAAGAUUUGUGACCAUUUUGUACAAAACGAAUAGGUUUGUAACCUUUUAUGCUAAUUACCCCAACUAUAACCAUAUAAUCAACUUUGGCACGUGAUUUCAGAAAUUAACAUCCUGGCUUCAAGCCCUCAACUAACGGUCAACGGUAUUGACCGUCUUGACCGUCCAAAUUGACGAUCAAACAAUGUGUCUGGCCAAUUAAUUCUAUAUAUUGCAUAGUUGAUGCCAGGAUGCUAAUUUCUGAAAUCACGUGUUAAAGUUGAUUAUAUGGUUAUAGUUGAGGCCAAAAUAUGGUAUUAAAAAAAAUAGAAGUAGGGAAAUAUGGCCAAUUAAUUCUACCUAUCUCACUCACAACCAAUGUUUUCAAAAUCGGAAAGAAUGUGGAAGCCGAAAAGUUAGUAGUUGAUGGUUUAAUGAUUAAUCGUUAUAGAACCAUUGGUUAAUUAUUGAUCGAACAAUUCAUGUGCUAUAAUAUGAAAGAUAUUUAUAAUACACAAGUUUAGGAGUGAAUUUAUCAUUGUAUUAUAUAUAUAAUACACAAAUUUAGGAGUGAAUUUAUCAUCAACCAUAAAAAAAAUUUAAAAUCCAUAUCCAUCAACAAAAUGUUCUAACAAAUCAUUCAAACUAUUUCAAAGAAAUCAUAAUUUUUUUAAUUAAAUUCAAUUCAACAAUAAGAGCGAUAACCCAUAGUGAACUAGGUAAAUGCGACAAGGAGGCGGAAAAAUGAAAGAAAGAAAGCAUAAAUAAAGUUUGUGAUAGAAGUUGGAUGGUCUUACUUUACGUCAACAUAUUUUUUUCUUAAUCUUUUCGUUAGUAUAUUUUUUCCCUUUUAAGUUGGAUGGCACAUUUCUUAGGAUUCAUAUUAUGUAUUGCAAUAAGGGCUACACGAUUUGUUUCAUUUAUUCAUUGUAUAUAUGACAAUGUUUGUUGUUAUAUUUGGUAAUUCUGAUCAUGCGUUAAGUACUUUCUUCUAUCUCGUAUGGUAGAAUUUUUUUAUCUCCAUAUAUGAGCUAUUUUGGUUGUAUUGUUUUACAGGAGGAUCUCUUAUUCGCUUUCGCAUUUGGAAGCUCGAUGUUUAUUACUCUCAAACGGGUUGUUCGCGGGGAAGUGCUCUUCUCUUCCUCCCUAUCUGAGUCAGUUUCGUGUCCUUUUCCUCUCCGAAGUUUCAUAGAGCUGCCCACCUCGUGGCAAAUCAACCUCGCUCAUCGGGAGUCCGGUUGCAUACAGACUAUCAUUCUUUAUUAUUAUUAUCUAUCUUGUAUUUGUGUUGUCCAGCCAUGCUAUGGGGGAUAUAUUGGUUUUAAAAGAAUAGUGAACUACUGGAUUAGUUAAAAUGGGGUGGUUCAUCUGGUUUAAUGUCAAACCGUCAAAAAUAGUUCAGUCCAUCUCUAAUGGUCCAAUCAAAUGAUUCAAAAUAC